UGCUGCCGCGCUAGCCGGAGGCUCCCUUCCCAGUGGAACUAUCCCGCGAUGGGCCCUCCACCCGGGGCAGGCGAAGAGCCCCCGAGACGCGGAGGCGCCCCGCCGCCACUCGGCGGCGCUUGUCCGGAGGCCAGCUGCCGGCGGCCGAGGGCAGGGAAAGCCUUGCCUUCGAGAGCCCCCUGCUUCCCAGCGACCCCUGACACCGAGGCCUCUCCCCGCGCGGCCCCCCCGCGUUCGCCACUCUCCUGCCAAUCAGAUACGGAUUUCCUCCACUGCCAGCCGACCAAUCAUCGCGCGCGGGUGUCCUCUUCGGCCCUUCGGCUCUUCGUCUCUUCGGCCCUUCGGCCUUCGACACAUGGACAUUCGCUGUUCCGCGGCGCGCUAAAGCUUGGUUCUCGUUGGUUUAGUUUCCCCUUUUUUUUCAGGCACUUCCGGGUUCUGCGUCACUACGUAAACCCGCGAGUUCCGGAAGUUUGGAGAGCCCAGGUUCUGCUAGGAAAAGCCAAGCUUCCCAGAGAAUGUUUCAGGAAGAGUUACUUGGAGCGGGGCGUUUCGCAGACUCCUAAGAGCUCUUCCUUCUUACCUGCCUGUCAAUAAGAGACCUUUAGAGAAGGCAUGGCUUCCAAAGAUGAGAAUAUGAAGCGGACAAACAGAGUGCUAAGAAUAAGCCAGUUGGAUGCACUUGAACUAAACAAGGCCCUGGAACAACUCGUUUGGUCCCAGUUUACCCAGUGCUUUCAUGGAUUUAAGCCAGGGCUGUUAGCCCGCUUUGAACCAGAGGUGAAAGCAUUUUUGUGGCUUUUCUUGUGGAGAUUCACCAUCUACUCUAAAAAUGCCACCGUGGGACAGUCAGUUUUGAAUAUUCAGUACAAGAACGAUUUUUCCCCAAACCUGAGAUACCAGCCACUGAGCAAAAAUCAAAAGCUCUGGUAUGCCGUCUGUACAAUCGGUGGGAAGUGGUUAGAAGAACGAUGCUACGAUUUGUUUCGAAACCGUCACGUAGCAUCCUUCAGGAAAGCCAAGCAGUGCGUGAAUCUCAUGGUUGGACUUUUGAAGCUGGGCAGGUUGAUUAAUUUCUUGAUUUUCCUUCAAAGGGGCAAGUUCGCAACUUUGACCGAGCGUCUGCUGGGCAUCCGUUCUGUAUUUUGCAGGCCCCAAAAUGUCCGAGAAGUAGGCUUUGAGUAUAUGAAUAGAGAACUCCUCUGGCACAGCUUUGCCGAGUUUCUGAUUUUCCUCUUACCACUUGUCAAUAUCCAGAAGUUGAAAGCCAAGCUCUCUUCAUGGUGUAUCCCUCUGACCAGAGCUCCAAGCAGUGACAACACACUGGCCACUAGCGGCAGACAGUGUUCUCUGUGUGGAGAGUGGCCCACCAUGCCUCACACCAUAGGCUGCGAGCAUGUUUUCUGUUACUACUGUGUGAAGAGUAGCUUCUUAUUUGAUGUGUCCUUUGCUUGUCCUAAGUGCGGCACAGAGGUCCACAACCUGCAACCACUGAAAUCAGGAAUCGAGAUGACAGAAGUGAAUGCCCUUUAGAAGCUAAAAUUGUUUCCUCUGAGGAGAACUGUAUUUUGUCUAAAUCCUUAGCAUGAAUCAUCCUAAGCAUACUAUUUAGGUAUGUCUUACGAGGACAUGUGCUUCUCAGCCACUGCCCUCUGUUCCUUUCCAGGCACGACGAAAUUCUGCGCAUAGUGGAAACCACAUGAUUCUAAACAUAUGAUAUAAAUAGUAACAUAUUAUUUUUUUAAUCAUUGCAUUUAAUUUUUAAUGUCAAGAAUAAUGGAUAGUUUUUAUCAAAUGACCACUAAGAAUGCUCCUUCAUUCUACUACUUCCUGGAAAGAGGUUAGACUCUAAAAAUAAAAGAUUGUGGUGACUCUGA